UAAAUAUAAUAAAAUGUUGGCGCUUGCUAGAACUCCAUGGGGAAUUCAAGUUUUGAAGGAACUGACGAAACUUUGUCCUAUGUUCAGCUGCUCCUUCUCGAAGCAUUCAUGCAAGAAUGAGAAGGGCCGCUUUAAGAUCGUGUUGGUGCGGCAUGGCGAGUCCGAGUGGAACCAGAAGAAUCUCUUUUGCGGCUGGUUCGAUGCCAAGUUGAGCGAGAAGGGGCUGCAGGAGGCUUGCUCGGCAGGAAUAGCACUCCAGAAGGCCAAGAUGAGCUUCGAUGUGGCCUACACGUCGCUGUUGUCUCGAGCACAGGACACCCUGGCGGCUGCCCUGUCGGCCAGUGGUCAUAAGGAUAUCCCAAUCUGCAAGACUUGGCGCCUGAACGAGCGACACUAUGGCGGCCUGACAGGCUUCAACAAGGCUGAGACGGCCAAGAAGUUUGGCGAGGAGAAGGUGAAGAUCUGGCGGCGCAGCUUCGACACGCCGCCGCCUCCAAUGGAGAAGGAUCACAAGUACCACGACUUCAUUGUGAACGAUCCGCGCUACUGCGGGCAACUGGACCCCAAGGACUUCCCCAAGUCAGAAUCCCUCAAGCUGACAAUCGAGCGCUGUCUUCCGUACUGGAACGAUGUGAUCGUGCCCCAGAUCAAGGAGGGUAAGCGGAUCCUAGUUGCCGCCCAUGGCAACAGUCUGCGUGGUGUGGUCAAGCACCUGGAGGACAUGUCUGAUGAAGCCAUCAUGGGCCUCAAUCUGCCAACGGGAAUACCCUUUGUCUACGAGCUGGAUGAGUGCCUGAAGCCGUUGGGCACCAUGAAGUUUCUCGGUGAUCCCGAUACGGUGAAGAAGGCCAUGGAGGCCGUGGCCAACCAGGGCAAGGCCAAGUAGUCAGAUUCGACCUAAAACUGUCCGAUUUUUGAUACCCGCCAAAGGUGGACAACUCUCUGUCGGGGAAGGUCAAAGCAAUCAAUGUUCAAUCCACUUGCAUGCCAAACAAAAAACAAUUCCCCACGGAACUGGGAACUGGGAAUCUCCGACCGAGAAUUGUGGCGAGAACCGAGCGAAAGUCAAGCAGCAAAUAAAUUUAUUUGAUUUUAA